CCGAUAACAACUUCCGGGUUCAACAUUCCCCACGCGUCAAGUGACUGCAAGUCAGUCUCAAAAUACUUCGGUUUUUAAACCAACGAUUUAGUAGAGCGCACGUCCAUAUUCAUUAUUUCGUCCCUUUCCACAUAUCCUUCAAAAUGGUCUUUUACUUCACAAGUGCUGUGGUGGAGCCUCCCUACACCAUUUACAUGGGAAAAGACAAAUAUGAAAACGAAGAUCUGAUCAAGUACGGUUGGCCUGAAGACAUCUGGUUUCAUGUGGAUAAACUGUCCUCGGCUCACGUUUAUCUCCGCUUACCAAAGGGUGUGACUAUCAACGAUAUUCCUCCGGAGGUGUUGAUUGACUGUGCGCAACUGGUGAAAAACAACAGCAUUCAAGGCUGUAAAAUGAACAACAUCAGUGUGGUUUACACGCCUUGGGCCAACCUGAAGAAAACGGGGGACAUGGACGUGGGACAGAUCGGCUUCCAUCGACAAAAGGAGGUGAAGACGGUGACCGUGGAGAAGAAAGUCAACGAGAUUGUGAACCGACUGGAGAAGACCAAAGAUGAGCGCUACCCGGAUUUAGCGGCCGAGAAGGAGUCGAGGGACCGUGAGGAGCGUAACGAGAAGAAAGCUCUGCUGCAGGAUCAGAAGAAACGCGAGAAGGAAGAGCAGAAGAAGAAGAAGGAGAUGGACGAGCUCAAGUGCUACACUUCGCUGAUGAAGAGCGAAAACAUGCAAACCAACGAGGAUGGCAAUGAUUCCGAUGACUUCAUGUGAGGAGGACGUCAGUAACGACAGCGCAACAAAACGAGAUAUCAUACAAGGGAUGAACAGAGCAGUGACAAGCCUGACCCCCAAACUAAAAUGGCCGCCGAGUCCUGGAGGACGGACGCUGUUAAAGCUCCACGGGACGAGCAGAGGAUCAUUUUAAGGGGGACGUAAGACUGAUCGCGCCAUUUUGAAUGAUGCUCUGACUGAGCGGUUGCACCUUUUUGUUUUCUUUCUGCAUGUCAAGUGUUUACUGGGCUGUUUGACAAUAUAUGAAUUUGAUUUUCAUGUAUCUUGUUUAAAAUACAUUAGAUCAUCAGCAGGCCUACCAUUGAAGAUGUUUUUAUUUAGAAAAUCACAAUAUACGUUGGUAUGAUUAAUAUCCCAUCCAAUACAUUUUUAAUUAAAUAUAUCAUACAUAAA